AUGACGACGCCACGUACGCCGGAUCAGUCAAGACAAGGCCGGUUGGACAUAGAUGGCGAGGGUGAGCCUGAAGCAGCCAACGGCGAUGAUAUACACGGACAAAACAGAGGUCAAAUCGUGCCUUCGGACCAGCGUCAACCACGUGUCGAAGAUGUUCAUCCCAUAAAGUUACCGCCAUUUUGGAGAAACAUACCCGACUUGUGGUUCGCGCAGAUCGAAUCUACGUUCGAAAACCGUCGAAUUCGCAGCGACGAUAAAAAAUAUAACCUCGUCGUCGAAUCUCUUAACGCCGACUCGAUUCGACACGUCUCCGAUAUCAUCCGCAGACCGCCGGCCGCUGGAAUAUACGAGGCCCUGAAGACCACGCUCGUCGACCGUCUCACCGACUCACGUGAACGUCAAAUUCAAACAUUUUUGAACGAGCUGCAACUGGCUGACAAAAGGCCCUCGCAACUGUUGAGAGAAAUGCGAGAAUUCGGGGGUGAGGUUGUACACGACGACUUCCUACGGUCCAGGUUCAUUCAGUGUAUGCCGUCAGGGAUUCGCGCUUUUCUGGGAGGUAGUUCAGAUCUCACACUUACAAAAUUGGCCGACACCGCAGACAGGCUCCUCGAGUCGUGUGGUAACUCCUUCGUUAUGGCAGUGGAUCGCCAACCACCUCGAGCAACGACAAGCUCUUCCGACAGCUCAAUCGCAGGACGUCUCACGCUGGUGGAGAAAUCAAUCGAGAGGAUGCUAACCGUUAUGGACAAACUCGUCACCAAGAUGGAUAACUUGCAUGUUGGAAAACCGCGCAAUGACAUCAACAACAACGGUGACAACGAUGGCACCGGUUACAACCAGCAAAGGAGCCGAUCCAGGUCCCGCAUUAAUCAAAAUCAGUAUCACGAUGGGAUCUGCUACUACCAUGGAAGGUACGGUGCAGAUGCCAUACACUGUCUGCAACCAUUGACAGUCCUACCAGCCCGUUUGGCUGCAGGACAGCGAAAACCUUCCGCACUAAAAUUACACGCCACGAAUUCCACGGAGAUCGCGACCUACGGAACAAGGCUACUCCAACUGGACCUACGAUUGCGCCGUCCAUUUCGCUGGCUCUUCAUCGUUGCCGAGGUACAAAGCCAUAUCAUAGGAGCCGAUUUCCUGGGAAAAUUUGGUCUGCUUAUCGACAUCCAGAAUCGACAACUAAUCGAUUCUCUCACCGGACUAACGACGAAGGGCACACUCUUUACAACACCUGUGCACAGCAUAUCAACAAUCAGCGAGCACAGUACUGGGCCGGGAACUUCCGCCACUGUGGAACAUCAUAUAGAAACCACCGGACCGCCAAUCCCUCAGAAACCUCGAAGGCUUGUAGGAGAAAAGCUGGAAGUGCUGCGCAAAGAGCUACAAUACCUGUUCGAGAAAGGGAUGAUCAGACCUUCGAAGAGUCCGUGGGCUAGCCCAAUCCAUAUCGCUAAAAAACCAUCAGGAGACUGGCGAUGCUGUGGAGAUUUUCGGGCCCUAAAUGCAAAAACGAUUCCUCUGGCGCCGGACGACGUACAAAAAACUGCCAUCACAACACCACUGGGCCAGUUCGAGGACCUGGUGAUGCCAUUCGGACUCCGCAACGCGUCGCAGACAUUCCGAAGGUUCAUGGACUCAAUCUUCAGGGAUCUCGACUUCGUCAUCGUAUACAUUGACGACAUCCUGGUCGCCUCGGAAUCACCUGCUGAACAUAUGGAGCAUCUGAAACAGUUCUAA